CAAUGCAGUCUCCAUAUUCUCCGAUCUGCAUGAUAAUGUUUGGCGAACGAACAUCGGUGCUUCGUUUGUGAGGCUAGAAAAAGGCAUCUCCCUCGUGGGUGUGAACGUGUAAUUACGGACGAUUAUCGUACGGUGUAGUACAACGAGUAAUUUUCUUUGCGAAACGAGAUGAACGUGCUGUGAAUUUAAUGCUGCAAACGACAACCCAAAAGGCAUUAUCUUUCUUCUUAUGAACUAAGAGUGUAGUGUUUGUGGAAAGUAGUUCAACCUUGACACGGCCCUCUAAUCGAAGUAGUGCAGUUCAUUCUAUGUUCCUCGUAGUGCAAAACCAGUGGUUUAAAAACUCUAAAGCCGUGUGAAGGUCAGGCGCAGAUCACAGCGCUCGAUUCACCACUGUUCCUCACCCAGUACCGGAAAAUGCGCGAAAUUAUGUUCAACUUCAUCGGCCCGACCGGCACCAGCAAGAACAAGUUUCUGGCCAAUCUCAAGAAAGGGAAAGUUCAACGGCAGUUCAGUUCCGACGAGCCGUUUUUUUGUGACACAGCGGGAAUGCGCAGCGAAACGGUGCCCACUUCGGUGGAUCGGCUUCGGCCGGGAGACAUCGACAUUGUGGGCGCCAUCGGAGAUUCCCUGACGGCGGGCAACGGAGCGAUGGCUACGAACAUGAUGGAGGUACUGAUCGAGAACAAGGGCCUCUCGUGGAGCAUCGGGGGCCAGGGCACGUGGCGCCAGUACCUUACGCUGCCCAACAUUUUGAAAGAGUUCAACCCGCAAUUGUACGGGUAUCCGACCAGCGACGGGCUCUCGUCGAGAAAGGCCGCUCUGUUCAACGCAGCGGAGGGCGGUGCCAUGUCGCAGGACAUUCCGUAUCAGGCGCGCAACCUCGUCAAGCGGAUGCUGUCCGAUCGGCACGUAGACGUUGCGAACCACUGGAAAGUGAUCACGCUCAUGAUCGGAGGCAACGACUUUUGCGCCGAGAUCUGCUACAUGUCCACCCCGGAGAAGAUUCUACAGUAUCAUGAGAAGAACAUAGUCAGCGCUCUACGCACCUUCCGGGAUUAUCUGCCGCGGACGUUCGUAAAUCUUGCCGCCAGUCCCAAGGUCGACAUUCUGGCCCGGUUCAAGAACAAACCGCAGGAGUGCGUUUCGAUGCACGUGAUCGAGUGUCCGUGUCUGAUCGCGUCUCGGUUCCGGAAGCAGCGGCGGCGCUUCAGCAAGCUGAUCGAAGACUGGAACAUGCUGCAGAUGGAGAUUGUCGCGCGGGAAGAGUUCCACAGCAAGCCAGACUUUGCCGUUGUUUAUCAACCAUUUACGAUGAAUCUUACCUUCCCAGAGACACCGACGGGUGGCACAGACUUUACGUACAUGUCGCUCGACUGCUUCCAUCUGAGCCAGAAGGGCUACGCACUGGCCUCGAACGCACUGUGGAAUAAUAUGCUCGAACCGGUCGGUGGAAAAACGAUGAGCUGGGAACGGGAGUUUACGCGGUUCAAGUGUCCCAGCGCCGAGAUGCCGUUUCUGCGGACCCCCGGAAACAGUUAGGAAGGACGGGAGGAAGUAGCGGACAAACACUGCCGGCAUUGUAACUGAUUGUGAUAUUUAUAGUAGGUUCAGUAGCAAAUGGGCAUCGCGACGGUGUAAGGCGCUGGCACCCAUUCUCUCAUGUGCAAUUUUUCUACUAAGCAAAGAUUUUGGUUAAGGUGCAUCGCUUCUCAUCGCAGCUCAUCACCGGGAGUAAGGAAAG